AUGUUUAUCCCGACGCUGGAGAAUCAAAUGGACGACGAACAGCGAGCGUACUGGCUGCCGAAAGCCAAAGCAUUCGAAAUCACGGGAGCCUACGCCCAGACCGAGCUCGGCCACGGCUCGAACGUCCAGGGCAUCGAAACCACGGCCCACUACGACCCCAAGACGCAAGAGUUUAUUUUGAACUCGCCAACGCUCACGAGUCGCAAGUGGUGGCCCGGCGGGCUCGGCAAGACUGCCAACCACUGCGUGCUCCAUGCGCGGCUGUUCCUGGACGGCAAAGACCGCGGCGUCCAGGCGUUUUUGGUGCCACUUCGAGACACUGCGACGCACAGGACGUUGCCUGGGAUCACGUUGGGGGACAUCGGUCCCAAGAUUGGGUUCCAGUCGGUCGACAACGGGUUUUGCGUGCUGGACCACGUGCGCAUCCCGCGUCGAAACAUGCUCAUGCGGUUUGCCAAAGUGGCGCCGGACGGGUCGUUUUCCAAACCUCCCAUGGACAAAUUGGUGUACUUUACCAUGGUCAAGAUUCGUGUUUUGGUGGCGGUGGUGUGCGCACGUUCCAUGGCGAGCGCCGUGACCAUCGCCACGCGAUUCAGCGCGGCCCGCGUCCAAGGGUCGGCUGGGCGUGGUCAACCCGAGAACCAAGUGCUGAAUUACGAAAACCAACAGUUGACGCUGUUUCCACUCAUCGGCCUCGCGUACGCGUCGUAUUUUGCGUAUCGAGGACUCGACGCAAUGUACAAGCAAGUGGCGGAGCAAGUCGACCAAGGCGACAUGGGGCUGGGUACGUCUGGCGAAAAUACGAUCCAUGCAACAUUCUCAACCAACUACACGCGUCGGCAUCGGGACUGA